UUUUCAAUCAGACCGUUACGAAUCACAAAAAAGCAAAUUUCAAUUUGAUAAAAAGUUUCAAACUUUGUGAGGAGGAAGACGAACCCAAGUAAUGGACGACACAAUCUCAAACCCUAGUAUGGAACCUCUGUUGUUUUCUAUCGAUACAAUGUCCCGAACGCAACAAAAACUCAAGCUUUUGGUUGAUAACGGCGAUUACGGAUUCGAGAGAGGACCUAGGUACGGAGAAUACGCGAGACUACGAGAAUCGAAGCUUCAGAUGAAACGAGACUUCGAGAAGAUUCUGAAAGAAGAGCAAGUUAGAUUUGGGUUCAGAGAAGAAGACGAAAUCAGGGUUUUGCCGGAGAAGAAGACGACUAGGUUUGGGUUUAAUCCGAGUUUGAAUCAGAGAAAAGCAGCAACGACGUCGUCGUCUUCGUUGGCUCAAUCGGUUCCUGAUUUCUCUGCUAUGAUUCGUAAAGAGAAUCGUAGACCGGUUAAUUCGAAUUUGCUUCCUCGGAGAACAGAGCUUACUCCACCGCCGGUUAAGAGUAGAAACGCCGCCGUUUUCGCCGGAUCUGCGUUGAGAGGGAGUGUCUCAGCGAGUGCUGGUGAGAAAAAAGGUAUUGGGAUGAUGAUGCGUAAAAGCUAUGCGACUGUUGAAGAUCUUAAGAAAGUUUCCAUGGCUGCUGCUUCUGCCAUUAACGGCGGCGGAGGAGGAGGAGGAGGAGGAGGAAGGAAAUCGAUUGGCGGCGGAGGAAGGAAAUCAAUUGGUGGUGGUCGGACUAUUCUAGGUUACAGACAAAUUUACUGAUUCUUCUGAUCUUGUUUGUGUCCUAAAUCUAACAUUUGUGGCUUAAAGUUUGGUUUUUUUUUUAUAUUCUUUCUACGAGCUUUGUGGGUUUUGAUUGAUGAAAGAUUAGUUCUUUUUUCAGAUUUUAGUUGUGUUAUUGAAGAUUUGUAUUAGGGAAGUGAAUUCACAUCUCUGUUCAGAUUCAGAUAUAUAAAAAGCUUUGGUUUUUGGAACCAA